AUGGCCACGUCUAUACUCGGGGAAGAGCCGCGCUUCGGAACGACCCCGUUGGCCAUGCUGGCGGCGACCUGCAACAAGAUCGGCAAUACGAGUCCUCUGACUACGCUGCCGGAGUCGAGCGCCUUCGCCAAGGGCGGCUUCCACCCCUGGAAGCGCUCCUCGUCCAGCUGCAACCUCGGCUCUAGCCUCUCGGGCUUCGCGGUGGCCACUGGUGGCCGCGGCUCAGGCGGCCUGGCGGGCGGUUCAGGCGCAGCCAACAGCGCCUUCUGCCUGGCCUCUACGUCCCCCACAUCGUCCGCGUUCAGCAGCGACUACGGCGGCCUCUUCUCUAACUCGGCGGCGGCCGCGGCGGCGGCAGCCGGGGUGUCCCCGCAGGAGGCAGGUGGCCAAUCGGCCUUCAUCUCCAAGGUGCACACCACGGCGACCGACGGCCUGUACCCGCGUGUGGGCAUGGCGCACCCGUACGAGUCGUGGUACAAGUCAGGCUUUCACUCUACACUGGCAGCAGGCGAGGUGACCAACGGCGCGGCGUCGUCGUGGUGGGACGUGCACAGCAGCCCGGGCUCGUGGCUGGAGGUGCAGAACCCCGCUGGGGGGCUCCAGAGUUCGCUGCACUCGGGCGCCCCCCAGGCCUCGCUGCACUCGCAGCUCGGCACCUACAACCCCGACUUCAGCUCGCUCACGCACUCGGCCUUCAGCUCCACUGGCCUCGGCUCCUCGGCCGCCGCCGCCUCGCACUUGCUCUCCACCAGCCAGCACCUGCUGGCCCAGGACGGCUUCAAGCCGGUGCUUCCCUCCUACUCGGACUCCAGUGCAGCUGUGGCGGCCGCCGCCGCUAGCGCCAUGAUCUCGGGCGCCGCGGCCGCCGCCGCCGGGGGGAGCUCGGCGCGCUCCGCCCGCCGCUACUCCGGCCGCGCCACCUGCGACUGCCCCAACUGUCAGGAGGCAGAGCGGCUGGGCCCGGCCGGGGCGAGCCUGCGGCGCAAGGGCCUACACAGCUGCCACAUCCCGGGCUGCGGCAAGGUGUACGGCAAGACGUCACACCUGAAGGCGCACCUGCGCUGGCACACGGGCGAGCGGCCCUUCGUGUGCAACUGGCUCUUCUGCGGCAAGCGCUUCACGCGCUCGGACGAGCUGCAGCGGCACCUGCGGACUCACACGGGGGAGAAGCGCUUCGCCUGUCCAGUGUGCAACAAGCGCUUCAUGCGCAGCGACCACCUGAGCAAACACAUUAAGACGCACAACGGGGGCGGCGGGGGCAAAAAGGGCAGCGACAGUGACACGGACGCCAGCAACCUGGAGACGCCCCGUUCCGAGUCCCCUGACCUCAUCCUGCACGACUCCGGCGUCAGUGCCGCCCGGGCAGCGGCUGCGGCGGCGGCGGCGGCGGCGGCAGCGGCGGCGGCGGCCUCGGCGGGAGGCAAGGAAGCAGCGUCUGGCCCCAACGACUCUUAG